AGAAGAAAUUGGGUUUAGGUAUAAGGAAGAUGGGGGUGGAUUAUUAUAACGUGUUGAACGUUGGGAAGACAGCGACGGAGGAUGAUCUAAAGAAGGCUUAUAGAAAAUUGGCAAUGAAAUGGCAUCCUGAUAAGAAUCCAAACAACAAGAAGGAAGCUGAGGCUCAAUUCAAGGAAAUAUCAGAGGCUUAUGAAAUUUUAAGUGAUCCUGAUAAAAGACAAGUCUUUGAUCAGUAUGGUGAAGAAGGACUAAAAGAGAUGCCAUCACCUGGUUGUAGCAAUAAUCCUCGAAACGCUGAGGACAUUUUUGCAGAAUUUUUUGGGAGCAGUCCCUUCGGAUUUGGAUCAGCUGGAGUUAAGUCCACGAGAUUCUCAUCAGAAGGAAGUGGUUUCGCAGGAUUUGGUGGGAGUGAGAAUAUUUUCAGGCCAGCUAGUGAUGGAACUGGUGCUAAUAUGCCCAAGAAACCGCCACCAGUUGAGAGUAAAUUGCCUUGCAGCCUUGAGGAGCUUUAUUCUGGAUCGACUAGGAAAAUGAAGAUAUCUAGAACUGUAGUCGAUACGAAUGGGAGGUUAGUGACGGAAUCAGAAAUUUUAACUAUUGAUGUAAAACCUGGCUGGAAAAAAGGUACAAAGAUAACAUUUCCAGACAAAGGAAACGAGCAGUUGAACCAGCUUCCAGCAGACCUCGUAUUUGUAAUAGACGAGAAGUCUCAUGACGUUUACAAGAGAGAUGGUAAUGACCUUAUGAGGGACUAUAAAGUAACAUUAGCAGAGGCAUUGGGAGGAACAACUGUCAAACUAACAACGUUAGAUGGUCGUGCAUUGACGAUUCCAGUGAAUGAAAUUGUAAAACCUGGUUAUGAACUUGUGCUUACAAAAGAAGGCAUGCCAAUCACAAAGGAACCUGGCAAUAGAGGUGUUUUAAAGAUCAAGUUUGAUGUUAAAUUCCCCACAAGAUUGACAACUGAUCAACGAACAGCCCUCAAACGCGCUUUGGGGGGCUGAGAACGUGGUAAAUUCAAUCGAUACUUAUCGAGGAGCUGGUGUAAAGCAGAAGAAUCACAUUAGAAGUAUAGAGUAUUAUUGUUCAUUCAUUCAUAUGU